CAAACCAUAAAGAAGAAUCAUGUUGCCCAGGAUGCAAGUGUGUUUUUCGCGAUCUUCGGCAUGGGCUCUCCCCGUUAGCUUGCAGUUUGUUUGCAGGAGGAGACAGCCCGUCCUCCGCCGCAGCCAGGCAGCGUCUCAUUCACACUGCAGCAGUGUGCAGAAAAACGUACCGUGGUUAGGCCGUGUUAUAAACCCAUUCACUUCCAGAUUCGGUUCAACUUUUCACGUCCAGGUGUCCAGAACAAUAAGCAUGUCGUCCAUCGGGAUGUCUCAGAGAAUGGUUUGGGUGGACCUGGAGAUGACGGGUCUGGACAUUGAGAAGGACCAGAUCAUUGAAAUGGCAUGCAUUAUAACAGACUCUGACCUGAACAUUUUGGCUGAGGGGCCCAACUUGAUAAUUAAGCAGCCAACCGAGCUGCUGGAAGGGAUGUCCGACUGGUGUAAAGAGCAUCAUGGGAAGUCAGGACUGACGCAGGCUGUACAGGACAGUAAAAUCAGCCUGGAACAAGCAGAGUACGAGUUCCUGUCCUUCGUCAGACAGCACACCCCGCCGGGACAGUGUCCCCUUGCUGGGAACUCUGUGCAUGCAGACAAGAGGUUCCUGGACAAGUACAUGCCCCAGUUUAUGUACCACCUGCACUACAGGAUCAUUGACGUCAGCACCAUCAAGGAGCUCUGCAGGCGGUGGUUUCCAGAGGAAUACAAGAUGGUGCCCAACAAGAAAGCAGCCCACAGAGCGUUGGAUGACAUCCAGGAGAGCAUCAAAGAGCUGCAGUACUACAGAGCCAAUGUCUUCAAAGCCUCAACAGAGGAGAAGAAGCGCAAGAUCGUAGAGAACGGAGGCAGCAACAAUAGUUAGCACAUGAGUGGGACUAUGGAGUGGUGCAUGUGAUUGUCUCAUUGAUUUUAGUUUGAGUUGAUAUUUGGCUGUCCAAUGGUCCUUUGUUUCAGUAUUGUUCAAUGUAGAGGUUUCAUCAAAGGGACACAACAGUUUAUUCAAAAGAGUUUAAGAGAAACAUUGAAAGGUAACCUUGCAGUUUUGUAUUUAUUUAUCUUUAGUCUGGGAUUGACUUUAUUUUCCCUUGUUUUUCAAAUGAAACCAAUUAAACUGUGAUCCCUGAGGAAACAGAC